AUGGAAAACGGUGAUGACUUUAAGUUUAUUCUUUCAAUUGAUGGAGGUGGUUUUCGAGGUAUAAUACCUGCGGCUAUUCUUACAGAAAUUGAAAGACGAGUAACUGAAGAAAUAAGCAAAGAACAUAAAGAUGUAGAUAUAAGAUGUGCAGAUUUAUUUGAUAUCAUAUCUGGAACAUCAACAGGCUCUAUUCUUGCAUUGGGACUAUCAACUCCUGAUAAAAAUAAACGUCCUAAAUUUGAUGCUAAAUAUAUUUUGGACUUUUAUAAGAAUAAUGGCCAUAACGUCUUUUCAAAUUAUCCUGCUUUAAAGUUAAAGAAUCACAUUGAACAAGAAUCAGAAGAGAUUAAGGCUGAAAUUCGUGAAAAAGGCGAAGAAGUUAGCUUGCUUUCAAGAGCUUUUAGCUUUAGAAGUUAUACUUUUAAAAGCUUUGGUUUUGGGAGCUUUAGAAAUAAGACUCAAAGCAAUGGAGUCGAUGUUCAAGUUAAUAAAUCUGGAUUUACUGGUUCUGUAACAACGAGCAAAACUGAAAUAACAAAAGAAGACCAUCUUGAUAAAGUGCUUACGACUAUUAUGGGAUAUGCAGCAGAUAUUAAUCUCAUUAAACCCAGAUAUGAUGGAAUAAUGUUUGACAAUUUGUUACAACAGGAGUUUGAAAGUGCUCAACUCAAAGAUACCAACACAUAUGAUGAUUAUCUCAUGAGAGAUGUUUGUCGAGCAAGUGCAGCUGCACCCGCAUUUUUUCCUGCGAAACAAAUGGGUGAACAAUAUUUCAUAGAUGGGGGAGUUUUUCUAAAUAAUCCAACGGCCGUAGCUUAUCUAAAAGCAAAAAAACUGUAUCCAAAUUCGAAAUUUGUAGUAAUUUCUAUUGGUACAGGAUAUUAUAAAAACUCUCUACAAAAAUAUUCUGAUGCCGGUGCUCUUCAAUGGGGAAUACCUUUACUUAAUCUCUUAUUUAAUGCGGAACUCAACAGUAAUGAUGCUAAUAUGAAAAUGAUGGCUGAUCUCGAUGGCUCAAAAUAUUUUCGGUUGCAAAAAUUAAUGGAUGCAGAUACUUCUUUUGAUACUGUAUCAGAUAAAGAAAUAGAUAUUUUGGAUACGAUGGCCAAAGACAUCAUUGAUGAUCCUAAUAAUCAUUUUGACGAAAUUAUUAAAUUGCUUGUUGAAAAAUGUAGAAAAAAUAAUAUUUUCCCCCGAAUUUUUAUUUAUGGCAUCACAUUUUUGACCGGAAUUUCACUGGAUGUAUCCUUUUCUGGAGUAACCGGAAUGUCACCGGAAGUAUCCUUAUCUGCCUUCAAUGCGUCUAGGGUUGCUGGUGCAGGUGGCGUCGCCACUGGUGCAAUGCUUUAA